UAUAACCACUCGCACCCAGGAACGGAAUGUCUAGUUGACUCUCGAAUUCAUCAGAUCGUUUAUGAACUGAGCGAUGGAUCGUCACUCGUCAUUGAUGACGGGAUGCCGGCUGAUAAGAUAACACAUAUCGCAUCUCUAACUCAACUUUCAUGCCAUCCUGCCGAGUGCCUUUCAAUAACCACCAUGGAGAAUCUCGCCAUUCAAGGUCCAAUUCUCACUUCUAAUUCUGGCUAUACCUACACUACCGCCUUGCGUCGCAACUCUGACCUCUCAGUUCUUCCUGCCAAAUACAUCGUCCAGCCUGCCGUGUACGAAGACAUCCCUCUCAUCAUCGCAUGUGCUACUUCGCUGUCUCCACCUCUCGAGAUCGCCGUCAAGGGUGGAGGUGCUCACUCGUCUACGUGGAACAGCUCGAAAGGUGGUGUUGUCAUCGAUCUCUGCAAGCUCAACAAGGUCACUCUCGCCCCAGACAAUCAGUCUCUUACCGUCCAGGGGGGUGCUUCAUGGGGUGAUGUCUACGAGGUCACCGGUCGAGCAAAUGUCGACGUAGUCGGAUCUCCGCUGUGGUUUGUCGGUGUCGGAGGGUAUACUCUCGGAGGAGGCCACGGUCCACUGAGUGGCGAGCAUGGUCUGGCCAUCGAUAAUUUGCUGAGUGCUACUGUGGUUUUGGCUAAUGGUCGUAUCGUGAGGGCCAGUCGAGAUGAAGAACCCGAUCUGUUCUGGGCUAUUCGCGGAGGAGGUGGACAGUUUGGCAUUGCUGUCGAAUUUACAUUCAAAGUACAUCCAUCAGCUGGACCAUUUGGUUCUGGGAUAAUUGCAUAUCCUGGUUCAGAACUCCCACAGGUGUUGAGGAUCAUCACGGAUUGGAAGAGGAAGCAAACCUCUGCAGAAAGGUUCACCAUGACCUUCUCUCGCCCUGCGCCCCAUUUCAAGCCAACCGUCGUCAUCCUACCCACGGUCCUGCAUGAUCAUGACGGUACACAAACUCAAAAGGCCCUCGCGCCGUUCAGAAAGGGCGCUGUAAAGCCUAUCCUCGACAAGGUUGAAUUGGUCCCAGACAUGUUCACAGUCUCGCAUGCAGCAGACGCUACACUGCAAACUUUACCUAAAUCCCUUGUUAUCCGCGGAACCCUCAUCUCCGACUUCUCCCCCGAACUCCUACUCGCUGUCUACGAUAAAUGGCUAGCGUUCACCGAGGCUAACGAUGACGUUCGGGCAUCUGCGGUUCUGUUCGAUUUGACAAGCCCAAAUAAGUUUGCGGAGGUUCGAUCGGAUGAGACUGCACAUCCGCAUCGUGAGCCCAGCUAUUGGAUGGCUGUUCAAGGGAGGUCCAAGACUGACGCCUCCGUGGAAUCAGCCCGAGAGUUUGCGACUUCCAUUGUAUCGUUCGUGCGAGAGAAGAAUGCUGAGCUUUCUGGUAGAGAUUUGGGAUGGUGGGUCACACUCUGUCAGGGUGAUGAAAAGCCUGAGGAUGUGUUUGGGUCCAAUUUACCGAGACUGCGGAAGGUGAAGGCGAAAUAUGAUCCCAAGAAGGUGUGGAAGAAGGGCUUUGGCAUUGAGCCGCUUGUUUAGUUGUGUCCUUGAGAUGGACGUGUAAAUUGUGGUAUUAUUAGUACAUACUUAUGAGAUUUCGAUACCUGCGCAGCAUCGCGAUUAAUUUUGUAAUGGUCCUAUUUUUCUUACUCUUUUGAACACCAAGUCUGUCGCGACAAGAAAUUUGAUGAUACACAAU